CAAAACCCUUUUCUCUCCAGGUUUUUGCUUUUUGAACCUCGAGGGAGGGGAUGGCAGAAGGUGCUGAUGGAGAGGAGGAGAUCCAGUUCCUGCGUACAGACGACCAGGUGGUGCUUCAGUGCACGGCGUCGAUCCUUAAAGAGCAGAUCAAGUUGUGUUUGUCGUGUGAAGGGUUUGGGAAUCGGCUGUGUUUCCUGGAAACCACCUCAAAUGCUCAGAAUGUCCCUCCAGACCUCGCAAUCUGCUGCUUCAUUUUGGAGCAGUCUCUGUCUGUACGAGCGUUACAGGAGAUGCUGUCCAACUCCUCCAUGGACGAGUCAUCACAAGGUGGAGGCAGCCGAACUCUGCUGUACGGACACGCCAUUCUCCUGAAACACACUCACUCCAACAUGUAUUUAAGCUGCCUGACCACAUCUCGCUCACUGACAGACAAGCUGGCCUUUGAUGUGGGCUUGCAGGAAGACUCCACAGGUGAGGCCUGCUGGUGGACCAUACAUCCAGCAUCCAAGCAAAGGUCUGAGGGUGAAAAGGUCAGGGUCGGAGAUGACCUCAUCCUCGUCAGUGCUUCUUCAGAACGAUAUCUGCACCUCUCCUAUGCCAGUGGGGACCUGAUGGUAGAUGCGUCUUUUAUGCAAACCCUGUGGACCAUGACACCCGUGAUGUCUGGAUGCGAACUCGCUGAAGGUUUUCUGACUGGAGGUUAUGUGCUCCGACUGUUUCAUGGCCACAUGGAUGAGUGUUUGGCAAUUCCAGGAGCUGAUCAGGGGGACGACCAGCGCAGAGUUGCUCAUUAUGAAGGCGGUGCUGUGUGCAGUCACGCUCGAUCCUUGUGGAGACUCGAGCCACUACGGAUCGCAUGGAGCGGAGGUCACAUUAAGUGGGGCCAGUCUUUCCGGAUACGCCACAUCACGACAGGAAGAUACCUGUUCCUUGACGAGGAGAAAGGACUUCUGCUGGUUGACCCAGAAAAAGCCUAUUCCAAGAUGUCAGCUUUCUGCUUCAGAAUUUCGAAGGAAAAAAUCGAAGUGACCCAGAAGCGAGACGUGGAGGGCAUGGGCACACCUGAGAUAAAAUAUGGAGAGUCCAUGUGCUUCGUGCAGCAUGUUUCUGCUGGUCUCUGGCUCACAUAUGCAGCUGUUGAUGCCAAAUCUGCUCGUCUAGGCCCUCUGAAAAGAAAGGCUAUACUCCAUAAAGAAGGUCACAUGGACGACGCGCUCACCGUCGCUCGUUCUCAAACUGAAGAGUCCCAAGCAGCCAGGAUGAUUUACAGCACAACAGGCCUCUUCAACCAGUUCAUCAAAGGUCUAGAUGCUUUAAGUGGGAAAAACAAAUCCACCAAUUCUCCAUCUCUGCCGAUGGACACAGUGGUGCUCUCACUACAGGAUCUGAUUUUUUACUUCAGACCUCCUGAGGAGGAACUAGAGCACGAGGACAAACAGUUUAAGCUUCGCUCUCUCAAGAACAGACAGAACCUGUUCCAGGAGGAGGGAAUGAUCACUUUGGUCCUGGACUGCAUCGACCGGCUCAAUGUGUAUAACACUGCUGCCCACUUUUCAGAGUUUGCGGGGGAAGAAGCUGCAGAGUCGUGGAAAGAGAUCGUAAAUUUGCUGUACGAAUUGUUAGCCUCACUGAUCAGAGGAAAUCGUGCUAACUGUGCCCUGUUCUGUGACAACCUCGACUGGCUGGUCAGUAAACUGGACCGACUGGAAGCAUCGUCAGGAAUCCUGGAGGUUCUGUAUUGUGUUCUGAUUGAGAGUCCAGAGGUGUUGAACAUCAUCCAGGAGAAUCACAUCAAAUCGAUCAUUUCUCUUCUGGAUAAGCAUGGACGCAACCACAAGGUUUUGGAUGUACUCUGCUCUCUGUGUGUGUGUAACGGGGUGGCUGUGCGGUCCAAUCAGAACCUCAUCACAGAGAAUCUACUUCCUGGUCGUGACCUCCUGCUUCAAACCAACAUUAUCAACUAUGUCACCAGCAUGAGACCCAACAUUUUCCUCGGAACCUGUGAAGGAUCCACUCAGUACAAGAAGUGGUAUUUUGAGGUGAUGGUUGACCACGUGGAGCCGUUUCUUACCGCUCAGCCAUAUCACCUUCGUGUGGGUUGGGCUCUGACGGAGGGCUAUAGCCCUUACCCUGGGGGUGGGGAGGGCUGGGGUGGAAACGGUGUUGGUGAUGACCUCUACUCCUAUGGCUUUGAUGGGCUUUUCCUCUGGUCAGGACGUGUCCAGCGCCAUGUUGCCUCCUCCAAUCAACACCUGCUGGCAGCUGAGGACGUGAUCAGCUGCUGUUUGGAUUUAAGUGUGCCCAGCAUCUCCUUCCGCAUCAACGGACAUCCGGUCCAGGGGAUGUUUGAGAACUUCAACCUGGACGGCCUCUUCUUUCCAGUUGUCAGCUUCUCUGCGGGCGUGAAGCUGAGAUUUCUUCUUGGAGGCCGUCACGGUGAUUUCAAGUUUCUUCCUCCUCCUGGUUAUGCUCCAUGCUACGAGGCAGUGCUGCCCAGGGACCGCCUAAGGAUCGAGUUCAUCAAAGAGUAUAAACACGAUCUUAACGAGGUCCGCAAUCUGCUGGGUCCAACCCAGUCCCUUUCACAUACAGCAUUUACUCCAUGCCCUGUGGACACCAUACAGAUUGUUCUUCCUCCUCAUUUGGAGCGAGUUCGAGAGAAACUUGCAGAAAACAGUCAUGAGUUGUGGGCCGUUACCCGCAUUGAACAAGGGUGGACAUACGGCGCAUUUCGUGAUGACAACAAGAAGAUGCACCCCUGCCUAGUGGAUUUCCAGAGUUUGCCCGAGCCUGAGAAGAACUACAACUUAGCGAUGUCAGGAGAGACGCUGAAGACUCUGCUGGCUCUUGGCUGUCAUGUUGGAAUGGGAGAUGAGAAAGCAGAGGAAAAUCUGAAAAGGACCAAACUCCCUAAAACUUACAUGCAGACUAAUGGAUACAAGCCAGCACCUUUGGACCUCAAUCAUGUCAAGCUGACUCCCAAUCAGAACACUCUAGUGGAGAGACUGGCAGAAAAUGGACACAAUGUGUGGGCAAGAGACCGGGUUCGCCAGGGCUGGACAUACAGUAUUGUGCAGGAUAUAUUAAACAAGCGCAAUCCCCGAUUGGUUCCUUACAAUCUGUUGGAUGAAAAAACUAAAAAGACCAACAGAGAUACGGUUUGCGCAGCAGUUCGUACUCUCAUUGGAUAUGGUUACAACAUAGAGCCACCUGACCAAGAGAGUGGGCAUGGAACUGGCAACUCUCGUGAAAAUAAAAUCCGCGUGUUCAGAGCUGAGAAGUCUUAUGCUGUUACUCAGGGAAAGUGGUACUUUGAGUUUGAGGCCGUGACGGUGGGAGAGAUGAGAGUGGGAUGGGCCAGGCCCAAUGUUCGUGCAGACACUGAGCUUGGCGCUGAUGAGCUGGCAUAUGUCUUCAAUGGUUUCAAGGCCCAACGUUGGCAUGUGGGAACUGAGCCAUUUGGUCGUCAGUGGCAGUCUGGUGACGUGGUGGGUUGCAUGAUUGACCUCACAGAAAUGAACAUCAUGUUCACGCUCAACGGAGAAAUGUUGAUCAGUGACUCCGGCUCAGAAAUGGCUUUCAAGGACAUUGAGAUAGGAGAGGGCUUCAUACCUGUGUGCAGUCUGGGUCUGUCCCAGGUUGGCAGAAUCAACCUGGGUCAGAAUGUCAGCAGUCUGCGUUACUUUACCAUCUGCGGCCUGCAGGAGGGAUUUGAGCCGUUUGCUAUAAACAUGAAGAGAGACAUCACCAUGUGGUUCAGUAAAAGCCUUCCUCAGUUCAACAUGGUGCCCACGGAUCAUCCUCAUAUUGAGAUAUCACGUGUUGACGGGACAGUGGACACACCUCCUUGUCUUAAAGUGACCCACAAGACUUUUGGGUCUCAGAACGCCAACACAGAUUUGCUGUUCUUUCGGCUCAGUAUCCCUAUUGAGUUCCAUGAAAUCUUCAAGCUCCCAGCUGGGACUACGCUCCUGACUCGGGCUCUGACCAUCCCUGAGGACGAGCUUUUAGAGGUGGACCCCAACUCGGACUUUGAAAUACUCAAGAAGUCAGCCACUCGCAAAGAGCAGGAGGAGGAGAAGAAGGAACCUUCGGUGUCUAAAGAGGCUUCUGCUAUCAAAAAUGGAGAGAAUGAGAAGGAUGCCUCCACGGAGAAAAGCAAGAAGAAAGGUUUUCUUUUCAAGGCAAAGAAGGCUGCGUUGAUAACUCCACCUCCUGUUGUUCCCACCUUACCUCGCUUAGUACAAGAUGUUGUACCGGAUGACAGAGAUGACAAGGACAUCAUCUUGAAUACCACAACUUACUAUUACUCAGUGCGGAUAUUCGCAGGACAGGAGCCAGCAGGUGUGUGGGUGGGCUGGGUUACACCAGACUAUCACCAGUAUGACCUUCAUUAUGACCUCAGCAAAGUGAGAACCGUAACGGUCACUGUAGGUGAUGAUAAAGGCAACAUUCACGACAGCAUAAAGCGCAGUAACUGCUACAUGGUUUGGGGAGGGGAGUUUGGCGGCUCCCAACAAACCCGAGUCAGUCAGGAGGACUUUGUGAUUGGCUGCCUUGUUGAUUUGGACACAGGACUCAUGACAUUCACUGCUAAUGGGAAAGAGAUAAACACAUUUUACCAGGUGGAGCCGAACACGAAGCUCUUCCCGGCCGUCUUUGUUCUGCCUUCCAAUCAGAAUGUAAUUCAGUUUGAACUGGGCAAGCUCAAGAACAUCAUGCCUUUAUCAGCUGCCAUGUUCCGAAGUGAACGUAAAAACACCGUUCCCCAGUGUCCUCCGAGGCUGGAUGUCCAGAUGUUGACUCCAGUCAUCUGGAGUAGGAUGCCCAACAACUUCUCGGCUCCAGAGACGGGGCGUAUAAGUGAGAGGCUGGGCUGGAUGGUGCAGUGUAUGGAGCCACUCACUAUGAUGGCCCUUCACAUCCCAGAAGAGAACAGAUGCAUCGACAUCCUGGAACUGUCUGAGCGAAUGGACCUGCUGAAGUUCCACUAUCACACGCUGAAGCUAUACGGCUCAGUGUGCGCUCUGGGUAACAACCGUGUGGCCCAUGCCUUGUGCAGCCACGUGGAUGAAUCUCAGCUUUUCUAUGCUAUAGAGAGCACCUACCUCCCUGGACCAAUGAGGAGCGGCUUCUAUGACCUGCUCAUCAGCAUGCACCUGGAGUCUGCCAAACGAAACCGUCUGGGAACUAACAAGGAGUUCAUAGUUCCCAUGACAAACGAAACACGCAGCAUCACCCUGUACACUGCCAAGUCUCAUGCUCUGCCAGGGGUCGGGCUCACCACAUGCCUCCGUCCAAAACUGCAUUUUUCUUCCGUUGGGUUUGUGGGGACAGAUCCAGAUAUUUACACACUGAGUCCGGUCAUCCCCUUACAGGUGUUAAAGACCAAGGCCCUGAACAUGCUGAUCGAAGCUGUCCAAGACGGAAGCCAAGCCAUGAGAGAUCCUGUAGGAGGCAGCGUCGAGUUUCACUUUGUUCCCAUCCUGAAACUCAUCAGUACCCUUCUCAUAAUGGGCGUGUUUGAUGACGAAGAUGUUACGCAUAUCCUGAAAAUGAUUGAGCCCACAGUUUUUGAUGAGGAAGAGGAAGAAGAUCUAGAAGAAGUGGAAGAAUUAGAAGAGACAGAAUCAGGCUUGGCACAUGAGGAAUCUGUGGAGGAUUUGGAGUUUAACAGUGAGAAAGGAGCUGAGGAAACGGAGAAAGAAACAAAGCCUGACCCUGAAGCUAAAGAGGAACAUCUAGAGCAAGGACUUUUUCAAAUGAAACUACCAGAAUCUGUAAAACUACAGAUGUGCACCCUGCUGCAGUACUUCUGUGACUGCGAGCUACGGCACAGAGUGGAGACCAUCACUGCCUUUUCAGACAAGUUUGUCACCCAGAUUCAGUCCAACCAGAGGCAGCGCUAUAACGACCUCAUGAUGGCCUUCACCAUGUCUGCUGCUGAGACUGCCCGCAAGACCCGGGAGUUUCGAUCCCCACCACAGGAGCAGGUAAACAUGCUCAUGAAUUUCAAAAACUGCCCUGAUUAUGAGGAGUGCCCAGUCCCAGAUGAUGUUCGCGAGUCCUUGCUGGCUUUUCAUAACACUCUUCUGGCUCAUUGUGGUGUUCAUAUUGAAGAAGAAGAACACGAGGAGGAGGUGGAUAAUUCUGUUCGCGGACGUUUGCGUCGUUUGCUGGAAAAGGUGAAAAAGUUUCGGGAGAAGAAGGUCGACGUAGAGCCAGAGCCACAGGAAGAUAAAAAACCAAGUACAUUGCAGGAGUUGAUUUCCCACACUAUGAUCCACUGGGCCCAGGAGUCUUUCAUUCAGAACCCCGAGCUGGUGCGUAUGAUGUUCAGCCUGCUUCACAGACAGUAUGACGGACUCGGCGAGCUCAUGCGGGCACUGCCCAAGGCUUACACCAUCAACGAAGUGUCAAUCCAGGACACCAUGGACCUGCUGGAGUGCUUGGGUCAGAUCCGCUCACUGCUUAUUGUGCAGAUGGGUCCAGAAGAGGAGAGGCUUAUAAUUCAAAGCAUUGGGAACAUCAUGAGUAACAGAGUUUUUUAUCAGCACCCCAACUUGAUGCGAGCUUUGGGCAUGCAUGAGACUGUCAUGGAGGUCAUGGUUAAUGUGUUGGGUGGUGGGGAUUCAAAGGAAAUCAGAUUUCCUCGUGUGGUGACAAACUGUUGCCGUUUCCUCUGCUACUUCUGUCGCAUCAGUCGUCAGAAUCAGCGCUCCAUGUUCGACCACCUCAGCUACCUUCUCCAGAACAGUGGCAUCGGCCUCGGAAUGCGUGGCUCUACCCCACUGGAUGUGGCUGCAGCUUCUUGCAUUGAUAACAACGAGCUGGCACUGGCUUUGCAGGAGCAGGAUUUAGAAAUGGUGGUGAAAUAUUUGGCUGGAUGUGGACUUCAAAGUUGUCCCAUGCUACUGGCUAAAGGCUACCCUGAUAUUGGCUGGAAUCCUUGCGGUGGAGAGAAAUAUCUCGACUUUCUUCGUUUUGCUGUAUUUGUCAAUGGAGAAAGUGUGGAAGAGAAUGCCAACGUUGUGGUACGUCUUCUCAUUCGAAGACCUGAGUGCUUUGGUCCAGCUCUGAGAGGAGAGGGCGGCAAUGGUUUGCUGGCUGCAAUAGAGGAAGCCAUCAAAAUAUCAGAGGACCCUGCGAGGGAUGGUCCCAGUGUGAAGAAGGACAGACGAAGACAGUCUCUGGGAGAGGAGCAGCACGAGGAGACCAGGGUGCACCUGGGAAAUGCCAUCAUGUCCUUUUAUUCCGCUCUGAUCGAUCUGCUGGGACGUUGUGCUCCAGAGAUGCACUUGAUCCAAGCUGGUAAGGGUGAGGCUCUGAGGAUCAGGGCGAUCCUGAGGUCUCUGGUUCCUAUUGAGGACCUGGUGGGAGUCGUCAGUCUUCCUGUUCAGAUUCCUUGUUUUGGGAAAGACAACAGCAUCAUAGAGCCCAAGAUGUCUGCCAGUUUUGUUCCAGAUCACAAGGCUCCGAUGGUGCUGUUCCUUGACAGAGUUUAUGGUAUUGACAACCAAGAUUUCCUGCUCCACGUCCUGGAGGUGGGCUUUUUGCCAGACAUGAGAGCUGCUGCUUCUCUGGACACAGCGGCUUUCAGCACCACAGAAAUGGCUUUGGCGUUGAACCGCUACUUGUGUUCUGCUGUGCUGCCACUCAUCACCAAGUGCGCGCCACUCUUUGCUGGCAGUGACCACCGAGCCAUAAUGAUCGACUCCAUGUUGCACACAAUCUACAGACUGUCCCGAGGACGAGCCUUCACAAAGGCUCAGAGAGACAUUAUUGAAGAGUGCCUCAUGGCUUUGUGCAAAUAUCUACGUCCCUCCAUGCUUCAGCACUUGUUAAGACGGCUGGUGUUUGACGUCCCUAUUCUCAAUGAAUAUGCAAAAAGGCCAUUGAAGCUUUUGACCAGUCACUACGAACGUUGUUGGAAAUAUUAUUGUCUUCCAAAUGGUUGGGCAAACUUUGGAGUUGCCUCAGAAGAGGAACUUCAUUUGACCCGCAAACUUUUCUGGGGGAUUUUUGAAUCACUAGCGCACAAGAAAUUUGACGCUGAAAUUUUUAAAAUUUCAAUGCCGUGCCUCUGUGCCAUUGCUGGAGCCAUUCCUCCAGAUUACGUAGAUGCCAGCUACUCCUCGAAAACAGAGAAAAAGGCUUCAGUAGAUGCAGAGGGAAACUUUGAUCCUAAACCAAUAGACACCACAAACACCAUUAUCCCAGAGAGACUGGAUCCUUUUAUCAACAGAUUUGCUGAAUAUACACAUGAUAAAUGGGCCUUUGAAAAGAUUCAGAACAACUGGUCUUAUGGUGAGGUGCUGGAUGAGAAUGCGAAAACCCAUCCAAUGCUCAGACCAUAUAAAACCUUCUCAGAAAAGGACAAAGAGAUCUACCGUUGGCCGAUCAAAGAGUCCAUCAAAGCCAUGCUGGCCUGGGAAUGGAACAUAGAGAAAGCCAGAGAGGAAGAGGAGUCAGAGAAGAAGAAGGCAGCUUCUAGAAAGAUUUCUCAGACUGCUCAGGCAACUUAUGAUCCGAGUCAUGGCUACAGUCCACAACCUAUUGAUAUCUCACACAUGGCUCUGUCAAGAGAUCUGCAGUCAAUGGCAGAACAGUUGGCAGAAAAUUACCACAACACCUGGGGACGUAAGAAAAAGUUAGAGCUCCAAGCUAAAGGAGGAGGAACCCACCCUUUGCUGGUGCCCUACGAUACUUUGACAGCAAAAGAGAAGGCACGAGACAGAGAAAAGGCCUACGAGUUGCUCAAGUUCCUGCAGCUUAAUGGAUAUGCUGUUACAAGGGGCAUGAAGGACAUGGAGUCUGAGAUAUCGUCCAUUGAAAAGAGAUUUGCUUAUGGUUUUCUGCAAAAGCUGCUGAAAUGGAUGGAAAUUGCCCAAGAAUUCAUCGCCCAUCUCGAGGCUGUGGUGAGCAGUGGACGAGUGGAGAAGUCUCCUCAUGAGCAGGAAAUCAAAUUUUUUGCAAAGAUCUUGAUGCCUUUAAUCAAUCAGUAUUUCAAAAACCACUGCCUCUACUUCUUAUCGACACCGGCUAAAGUUCUGGGCAGUGGUGGACAUUCCUCAAAUAAGGAGAAGGAGAUGAUUGCAAGUAUCUUCUGUAAAAUGUCUGCUCUGGUGAGGCACAGAGUUUCUCUCUUUGGAACGGAUGCUUCAGCUAUCGUCAACUGCCUUCACAUUCUGGCACGAUCCCUUGAUGCAAGGACAGUAAUGAAGUCAGGGCCUGAGAUUGUCAAAGCAGGUCUGCGGUCAUUCUUUGAGAGUGCUGCUGAUGAUGUAGAGAAGAUGGUGGAGAAUCUCAAACUGGGCAAAGUAUCCAAGGGCAAUCAGCAAGUGAAAGGCGUUUCCCAGAACAUCAACUACACAACUAUCGCUCUGCUUCCAGUGCUCACUUCCCUGUUUGAUCACAUCGCUCAGCACCUCUUUGGAGAUGAUGUCAUUUUGGAUGAUCUACAGAUCUCAUGCUAUCGCAUCAUGUGUAGUAUCUACUCUGUAGGCACCGUCAAGAACCCGCAUGUUGAGAGGCAGAGGCCAGCACUUGGAGAAUGUCUGGCUCACCUUGCAGCAGCUAUGCCAGUGGCCUACUUAGAGCCCCAUCUAAAUGAAUUCAAUGCCUUUUCUGUGUACACCACAAAAACACCAAGAGAGCGAGCCAUCCUUGGCCUUCCUAACGAAGUGCAGGAGUUAUGUCCAGACAUUCCAGCGCUGGAUGUUUUGCUGAAAGACAUUGGAGAUUUAGCAGAGUCAGGGGCUCGUUACACCGAGAUGCCUCACGUCAUUGAAAUCACUCUUCCCAUGCUGUGUAACUACCUGCCACGUUGGUGGGAGAGAGGACCCGAAAACUUCCCCGAGAUGGAGGGUCAACUUUGCACCGAGGUGACAUCAGAGCAUCUCAAUCAGCUCCUGGGCAGCAUUAUGAAAAUUGUAGUCAACAACUUGGGGAUCGAUGAGGCGUCCUGGAUGAAGAGGUUGGCAGUAUUUUCACAGCCUAUUGUCAGCAGAGCAAAGCCAGAAAUGCUGAAAUCCCACUUCAUUCCAACAAUGGAGAAGCUGAAGAAACGCACAUCAAAGGUGGUGGCUGAGGAGGACCAUUUACGGAUGGAGGGGAAGUCGGAGGGAGAUGAAGAAGAUGGCACCAUACGUGAUGAGUUUGCUGUCCUCUGCAGAGACCUGUAUGCCCUCUAUCCUUUGCUUAUCCGCUACGUGGACAACAACAGAGCGAGGUGGCUGACGUGCCCCGAUCCAGACGCAGAAGAACUUUUCCGAAUGGUCGGAGAAGUCUUUAUUUUUUGGUCCAAAUCUCACAACUUCAAGCGAGAAGAGCAGAACUUUGUGGUGAUGAAUGAGAUCAACAACAUGUCUUUCCUCACAGCUGACAGCAAGAGCAAAAUGAGCAAGGGCGGGGACACAGAGGGUGGAGGCUCAGAUACUGAACGCACCAAAAAGAAGAAACGAGGAGACCGUUACUCCGUCCAAACAUCACUAAUUGUCGCUGCCUUGAAAAAGAUGCUUCCCAUUGGCCUCAACAUGUGCUCCCCUGCUGAUCAGGAGCUCAUCAACUUGGCCAAGAUUCGAUACUCUCUGAGAGACACAGAUGAAGAAGUAAGGGAGUUCCUGCAGAACAACCUCCAUCUUCAGGGCAAGGUGGACAACCCCUCCAUGCGCUGGCAGAUGGCCUUAUAUAAGGAGAUGGCAGGAAAGGCUGAAGAUGCUGAUGCUCCAAUAAAAGUUGUCAAAAGAGUGCAGGAGGUUUCUGCUGUACUCUAUCAUCUUGAAGUGACGGAGCACCCCUUUAAAUCCAAAAAGAUGGUGUGGCACAAACUGUUGUCCAAGCAGAGACGCAGGGCUGUGGUCGCUUGCUUCAGGAUGACACCGCUGUACAACAUUGCAAGGCACAGAGCUUCAAACAUGUUCCUUGAGGGAUACAAACGUAACUGGAUUCAAACUGAGGGUUACUCAUUUGAAGACAGGAUGAUAGACGAUUUAUCUAAAGCAAUGGAACAAGAGGAAGCAGAAGAAGAAGAAGAAAAGGAAACAAAACCAGAUCCCCUCCAUCAGCUCAUCCUCCACUUCAGUCGUACCGCGCUGACAGAAAAGAGUAAACUUGAUACAGAUCAUCUGUACAUGGCGUACGCAGAUAUCAUGGCAAAGAGUUGCCAUAUUGGUGAGGAAGAAGAAGGGGGAGAUGAAAAUGCUGAGGAUGAGAUGUCCUUUGAGGAAAAAGAAAUGGAGAAGCAAAGGCUCCUGUACCAGCAGUCCAGACUUCAUAACCGCGGCGCUGCAGAGAUGGUCCUGCAAAUGAUCAGUGCCUGCAAAGGGGAAACUGGCCCCAUGGUAUCUACAACCCUCAAACUGGGUAUUUCUAUCCUUAAUGGUGGAAACAGUGAGGUUCAGCGGAAAAUGCUUGAGUACUUGAAAGACAAGAAGGACGUUGGCUUCUUUUUGAGUGUUCAGGCACUGAUGCAAACUUGCUGUGUUCUGGAUCUAAACGCCUUUGAGAGGCAGAACAAAGCAGAGGGGCUUGGCAUGGUUUCAGAAGAAGGAACAAAUGAGAAAGUGAUGGCAGAUGAUGAGUUCACCUGUGACCUGUUCCGGUUCUUGCAGCUGCUCUGUGAAGGCCAUAAUAACGAUUUCCAAAACUACUUGCGGACACAGACUGGCAGCACCACAAGCAUCAACGUCAUCAUCUGUACCGUGGAUUACCUCCUUCGACUCCAGGAGUCUAUUAGUGAUUUCUACUGGUACUACUCUGGCAAGGACAUCAUCGAUGAUCCAGGCAAAAAGAAUUUCUCCAAAGCCAUGACAGUGGCAAAGCAGAUUUUUAACUGUUUAACUGAGUACAUUCAGGGUCCAUGUACUGGCAACCAGCAGUCCCUGGCUCACAGCAGACUGUGGGAUGCCAUCGUUGGAUUCCUUCACGUUUUCGCCCACAUGAUGAUGAAGCUGGCACAGGACUCCAGUCAGAUCGGUUUGUUGAAGGAGCUUCUUGACCUGCAGAAAGACAUGGUUGUUAUGUUGCUCUCACUGUUAGAGGGAAACAUAGUAAAUGGCACCAUUGCACGCCAGAUGGUGGACAUGUUGGUUGAGUCCUCCAGCAACGUGGAGAUGAUACUCAAGUUCUUUGACAUGUUCCUCAAACUGAAAGACAUCGUGGCUUCAGAUGCUUUCCGUGAUUACGUCACAGACCCUCGAGGGCUGAUCUCCAAGAAGGACUUCCAGAAGGCCAUGGACAGUCAGAAGCAGUAUGCCCCGUCUGAGAUCCAGUUCCUUUUGUCCUGCUCAGAGGCCGACGAGAACGACAUGAUCCAUUACGAGGAGUUUGCCGGUCGUUUCCAAGAACCCGCCAAGGACAUUGGCUUCAACAUCGCCGUGCUGCUCACCAAUCUGUCUGAACACGUGCCCCACGACUCCAGACUCCAGAACUUCCUGGAACAAGCGGAGAGCGUGUUGAACUACUUCCGCCCUUUCCUGGGCCGUAUUGAAAUAAUGGGCGCCAGCAGGAGGAUCGAGCGCAUCUACUUUGAAAUCAGUGAAGUGAACCGCAGGCAGUGGGAAAUGCCGCAAGUGAGGGAAUCCAAACGGCAGUUUAUAUUCGACGUGGUCAAUGAAGGCGGGGAAUCGGAGAAGAUGGAGAUGUUUGUCAACUUCUGCGAGGACACCAUCUUCGAGAUGAAUAUAGCCUCGCAAAUUUCAGAACAGGAGGAAGAGGAAAAGGGGGAAGAGGAUGAUGAAGGUGAUGAGGGUGGAGGAGAAGGAGGACAAGGUGGCGGCACAGGUGGAGCAGGGGAUGAGGAGUGUAACGGUGAUGAAGGACAGCCAGAAUCAACCUCCGCCUUUGCAGACUUUCUGCACAGCAUGUCGAGCUUCCUGAGUAUUUUCACUUUCCGUAACCUUCGCCGGCAGUAUCGGCGAGUGAGGAGGAUGACCUUUAAGCAGAUCAUCGUGGCUGUGUCCACGUUUUUCUGGACCAUCCUGAUGAGUAUCCUACACUUCAUCUACAACGUGUGCAAAGGCUUCUUCAUGAUCAUCUGGCAAGCUCUGUUUGGAGGUGGCUUGGUGGAGGGAGCUAAAAAUAUCACGGUGACGGAGAUUCUGGCGAGUAUGCCAGAUCCCACACAGGACGAUGUGCAUGGAGAUGGACCAGGGGAGACAAGGACAGGUGAAGAACAGGACGCUGGAGGGGUAACAGACACCGGUGAGACUGGGAGUGGUGAGGAGGAGGAGGAGGACACCCAGGAAAACGAAGGAGGAAGGAUCCCAGGAAUGGAUGCUCCAGGUGGACUCGGAGAUAUGGGUGUAGAGGAACCUGUUGAGCCUCCGACCCCUGAAGGAACUCCCAUAGCAAAGAGGAAAAUGGCACCAGAAGAGUCUGAUGCAAGUCAAAAACCACCCGAGCCUGCUCCUGUAGAGGAAACUCCUCCUCAACCUGAAAAGUCUGAUGUUGAAUCAGGAGAGAAAUUUGAAAAAGAAUCAAAAAGCAAAGAAGACCAGCCGCCCGACCAACCUAAGAAAUGUGCAACUAAAAAAGAAAAGAAGCAGAAAAAGGAAGGAGGUUUUCAAAUCUGGACUGAGCUGGAAACCCAAAGGAAUAAAUUCAUGAACUACCUUUCAAGAAACUUCUACAACCUGCGUUUUUUGGCUCUGUUCCUUGCAUUUGCCCUGAACUUCAUUCUGCUGUUCUACAAGGUGUCCGAUACUCCGCCUGAAGGGGAAGACGAGGGAUCUGGACUUUCUGAGGGAAGUGGGAAGUUCGAGGGCUCUGGCCUGUUCGAGGGCUCAGGAGAAGAGGUGGAGGGAUCUGGACUAAAUGAAGGAGGAGAUGAAGAAGAAGAAGAAGUCAUGUUGUAUUAUUAUUUAGAGGAGAGCACUGGAUACAUGCAGCCAACUUUGGCCUUCCUCGCCAUGCUACACACCAUCAUUUCAUUUAUCUGUAUAAUUGGGUACAACUGUCUGAAGAUCCCACUGGUGAUCUUUAAAAGAGAGAAGGAACUUGCAAGAAAGCUGGAGUUUGAUGGCCUCUACAUCACUGAGCAGCCGGAGGAUGAUGACAUCAAGGGACAAUGGGAUCGAUUAGUCCUAAAUACACCUUCUUUCCCAAACAACUACUGGGAUAAAUUUGUCAAACGAAAAGUUCUGGACAAGUAUGGAGACAUUUACGGACGAGAGAGAAUCGCUGAGCUGCUUGGUGUUGAUUUAGCCUCCCUGGAUGUGAGUCAACAACAUGAGAAGAAACCAGAGAAACCAGACAACUCUGUGUUUGCAUGGAUGACUUCCAUUGACAUCAAGUACCAGAUCUGGAAAUUUGGAGUUGUGUUCACAGAUGGUACUUUUCUUUAUCUCUGCUGGUACCUGGUGAUGUCUUUGCUCGGCCAUUACAACAACUUCUUCUUUGCCUGUCACCUGUUGGAUAUCGCGAUGGGUGUCAAGACGUUACGCACCAUCCUGUCCUCGGUCACUCACAACGGCAAACAGCUCAUGAUGACAGUGGGUUUGCUGGCCGUGGUGGUGUACCUUUACACCGUCGUUGCUUUCAAUUUCUUCCGCAAGUUUUACAACAAGAGUGAGGAUGAAGAUGAACCGGAUAUGAAAUGCGAUGACAUGAUGACUUGUUACCUCUUCCACAUGUAUGUGGGCGUGCGCGCCGGUGGAGGCAUCGGAGAUGAGAUCGAGGAUCCUGCAGGAGACGAAUACGAGCUCUAUCGAGUUGUCUUUGAUAUAACGUUCUUCUUCUUUGUCAUUGUCAUUCUACUGGCCAUUAUUCAGGGUUUAAUCAUUGAUGCCUUUGGAGAACUCAGAGAUCAACAAGAACAGGUUAAAGAAGACAUGGAGACAAAAUGCUUCAUAUGUGGCAUCGGGAGUGAUUACUUUGAUACAACGCCGCACGGCUUUGAGACGCACACUUUUGACGAACACAACUUGGCCAACUACAUGUUCUUCUUAAUGUAUCUUAUCAACAAAGAUGAGACGGAGCACACUGGACAGGAGUCGUAUGUGUGGAAGAUGUACCAGGAGCGCUGCUGGGACUUUUUUCCUGCUGGAGAUUGUUUCAGAAAGCAAUAUGAAGAUCAGCUUUCUUAGCCUACAGAUUUAUGUAAUAGGGGAGUCCCAAUACUAUUUUUCUUC